UUACUUUACCUAUCUAAAACACAGUUACUGCCCAGAUUCUGCUGAAAGCCCUCCCCAACCUGCCCCACACUGACUUCACUCUGUGCAAAUGUAUGAUCGACCAGGCACAUCAAGAAGAGCGGCCCAUCAGACAGAUCUUGUACCUCGGGGACCUGCUGGAGACCUGCCUCUUUCAAGCCUUCUGGCAAGCCCUGGAUGAAAACAUGGGUCUCCUGGAAGGUAUAACUGUCUUUGAAGACUCUGUCCAAAAAUUUAUCUGCCAUGUGGUGGGCAUCACAUACCAGCGCAUUGACUGCUGGCUGCUUGCUGAGAUGCUUGGCGAUCUGACUGACAACCAGCUCAAGGUGUGGAUGAGCAAGUAUGGCUGGAGCGCUGAGAGCUCAGGGCAGGUCUUCAUCUGCAGCCAGGAAGAGAGCAUAAAGCCCAAGAACAUCGUGGAGAAGAUCAACUUUGACAGUGUGUCCAGCAUCAUGGCCUCCUCCCAGUAACUGUGCCUUUAAUAAAAGACUCGUUCACUCCA